UUCACUGAGCAGCAGCACUGUUGUCGUUGACAAGUUGACACUCGGACUUUGUCUAGAUUGCAGCAAGGGCACCAAGCUGUCAGAACCAGUGUCAAGAAGACGUGGACAGAACAGCGGAGAGGUGCAAUGGCAGAGAAGACGGCGGCGGACCCGCUCAAGGACGCUGAGGUCGAGGAACAAAGAGCGCAUGACGAGGAAGGCGAGGAGGUAGACGGCGAGGGCGAGGGCGAGGACGAGGCGGAGGAUGGACCGGAGCAAGAGGGCGCUGGCGGGAGUUCUUCGCAGCCCAAGAAGAAGAAGCGGAAGCCUAAGAAGAAGAAGCCAGCCACGACGGAGCAGCCGCUAGCCAACAUCAUCCAGAACAACAAGACCAUCAACGUGCAAGACCUGCCCGCACUGUUGAAGCAGCUUCAGGCUGGCGAGGGGGCCAAGAAAGAGGGGGCCAAGGCGCCCGAGGACUACAAGUUCUGGAACACGCAGCCUGUGCCCAAAUUCAAGGAGCCCAACUUGCUGCAAACGACCAGCGGAAAGGACGGCGAGCUGGCAGAGGGUGCUAUCCUCCCCGCUCAGGUGUGCAAGGCGAGCGUGAAGCCCGAGCCGGAGAAGCUUGUCGAUGGCUUCGAGUGGUGCCUGAUCGACCUGGACGACAAGGACGACCUGCAGGAGUUCUACGAUCUCCUCUACAAUCACUACGUCGAGGACACGGAUGGCUCAUUCCGCUUCAACUACUCGCCGCAGUUCUUGAAGUGGGCGCUGCAACCGCCGGGCUGGAAGAAGGAAUGGCACAUCGGCGUGCGUACCAAGACCGGAGACGAUGGGAAGAGAGGGAAGCUCGUGGCGUCCAUCACCGGCAUCCCUGUGACUCUGCAAGUCAGGGGCAAGACGAUCAAAGCGAGCGAGAUCAAUUUCCUUGCCAUUCACCGCAAGCUUCGCAAUAAGCGCUUGGCACCAGUCCUGAUUAAGGAAGUCACACGACGAUGCUAUCAAAACGACAUUUUCCAAGCACUCUACACAGCCGGAACGCUACUCCCCACUCCCGUCAGCACCUGCCGAUACUUCCAUCGAUCGUUGGACUGGGAGCACCUCUUCAACACCGGAUUCAGCCAUAUGCCAGCUGGCUCGACUGCGCUGAGGCAGAAGUAUCGAUACCGAUUGGAGUCGCAUCCGCAGGUCAAAGGGCUGCGGCCGAUGAAGCCAGCCGACGUUCCGGCUGUAAAGGAUCUGCUUGUGCGCUAUAGCGAGCGCUUCCACCUUAGGCAGGAGUUUACAGAAGAGGAGAUUGCCCACUGGAUCUGCUCAAGCACAUCCAAGGGUGUGGUGUGGAGUUAUGUGGUAGAGGAAGAGGGUCGUAUCACGGACUUCAUCUCCUACUAUCAACUCGAGUCUUCCGUUCUCCGGGCGUCGAAGAAAGAGACCAUCCGUGCUGCCUACCUCUACUACUACGCCACGGAAUCGGCCUUCCAGGCACCGAAGCAACCCAAGAUUAAGGCCAAGGAAUUGCAAGACCGACUCCAGCAACGUCUGCAGGAAUUAGUUCACGAUGCGCUAAUCCUGGCUAAGAAGGAGGAUUUCCACGUGUUCAAUGCGCUGACUCUUCUCGACAACCCUCUGUUCCUGAAGGAACAGAAAUUCGAACCUGGCGACGGCAAGCUCAACUACUAUCUCUUCAACUGGCGCACGGCAACCCUUCCCGGCGGCAUUGACGAGAAGAACAACAUUGACACCAGCAAGAUGGGCGGUGUUGGUGUAGUAAUGCUGUAGAGACAGACGAUCAAAAGUUGAACCGUCCUAUGAGACCAGGUAGCUUAGGCAUGUACCUUACGUAUCAAUGAGUAUUUGGCAAGAACAAGCAGAAUCCGAAACGAAGGCGGUGAUAUCGUACAUGAAGCUGGAAAGUCUGUCGUAGUCAUCAGUGAUCGCAUCCGCCAUUCGGGAGUUCGGGAGAGUGUCGCGUGGACCGAAAGGAGAAGACUCCGUGUUUCCGGGUUGCCGAGACAACAA